AUGCUCAUCGAUGCCAGCCACGCGGAAGAAACCCGCGUGGUCGUGGCGGACGGAACGCGACUAGAAGAGUUCGACUUCGAAUCGGCUGCACGGAAGCAGCUCAAGGGAAAUGUCUACCUAGCCAAGGUCAUGCGCGUGGAGCCCUCGCUCCAGGCGGCAUUCGUCGACUAUGGCGGCAAUCGCCACGGCUUCCUGCCCUUCAACGAAAUCCACCCCGACUACUACCAAAUCCCGGUCGAAGACCGGGAGGCGCUCCGCCGUUACCACAUCCAGGAGGUGAUCAAGAAGCGCCAGAUCCUGUUGGUGCAGGUGGUCAAGGAGGAACGCGGCAACAAGGGCGCGGCACUCACCACCUACCUCUCGCUCGCGGGGCGCUACAUCGUGCUCAUGCCCAAUGCGAUCCGGGGCGGGGGCAUCUCGCGCAAGAUCGUCAACGCCGACGACCGCCGGCGCCUCAAGAAGAUCAUGAACGACCUCGAUAUCCCGGCGCGCAUGGCGGUCAUCGUGCGGACCGCCGGCCUUUCGCGCUCAAAGACCGAGAUCAAGCGCGAUCUGGAAUACCUGUUGCGCCGCUGGCAGAACAUCCGCGAUCUCACGAUGGAAUCGACGGCACCCUGCGUGAUCAACGAGGAGGCAAACCUGAUCCGCCGUUCGAUCCGCGACCUCUACACGCGCGAUAUCGAGCAGAUCCUGAUCGAGGGAGACGAGGGCUACAAGACCGCCAAGACGUUCAUGAAGACCAUGAUCCCGAGCCACGCCGCGCGGGUAAAACCCUAUCGGGACCGGAUUCCGCUCUUCGUCCGCUAUCAGAUCGAGAGCCAGCUCGAUUCCAUGUACGGACCGGAGCUCCAGCUCAAGUCGGGCGGAUACCUGGUCAUCAACCCGACCGAGGCGCUGGUCGCGAUCGACGUGAAUUCGGGGCGGGCCACCAAAGAGCGCACGAUCGAGGAGACCGCGCUCAGGACCAAUCUGGAAGCAGCGGAGGAGAUCGCGCGCCAGCUCCGGCUGCGCGACCUCGCCGGGCUGAUCGUCAUCGACUUCAUCGACAUGGACGAGAACCGCAACCAGCGGGCGGUGGAACGCAAGCUCAAGGAGGCGAUGCGGAUCGACCGCGCGCGCAUCCGCAUGGGCCGGAUCAGCCCCUUCGGGUUGAUGGAGCUCUCGCGCCAGCGGCUGCGCCCGAGCCUGGCGGAAGCGAGCAUGGAACGCUGCGUGGACUGCGGCGGCACAGGGGUCCGGCGCUCGGUGGAAUCGUCCGCGGUCCACGCGCUGCGAGCCAUCGAGGAAGAAGGGCUGCAAGGGCGGAGCACCGAGAUCCAGUUGCGUGUGCCGGCCGCCGUCGGCCUCUACAUCCUCAACCGCAAGCGCCGGAUGCUGGAGGAGAUCGAGCAGCGCUACGAUUUCGCCGUCAGCUUCGAGCAGGACGACAGUCUCGUGCCGCCGAGCUACGCGAUCGAGCGGAUCGCGGCCCGGACAGCGCCCAUUGAACAGCCUGCCGAGGAAGGACACGAGCGAGGCGGACCAGCCCGACGGUGA